AUGCCUUCGCCCCUCCCACCAAACCCCUUCGACCCCCUCUCCCAUACAUAUGAACACACAGCAUAUGAAUCCUGCCUCACCCUCGAAGCUCUUCGUAGUUGGGACGUAUCUUCCGAACCCGCGGCCAUGUUUAGAUUCAGCCCUCAAGUUGCAGCUCGAGUCCUAGGUUAUGCACUUAUUCAUCACCCAGGCUCUCCUAUAGCACGAGAGAUAUCGGGUUGUGAUGGUAAUGCUGAGUUUAUGGCAGGGUUGGCGUAUUUGUAUGUUAUGGGCAUGAUUAGGGUGUUUAAGGGCCCGGUACCGACGCGUAGGGUCCAACCAGAGUCACCGCCAGAAAGCAUCGAUAUCGCAGCCCUCUCAAAUGUGUCGCAAUCCACCGGUAGUGAUGCUAAAAAGCUAGUUUUGGCGAGAGACAACUACCGGUGUAUACUCUCAGGGAAUGUGGACACUACCAGCCUUCGCAACGGGCUGACGACGAUCGAUUUAGCGGCUGGGGAGAGGAAGACCGAUAUCGAACUGGGUUAUAUUUCCAAGACGACUGGGAAUGAAAACCAGGGGUAUAUAAGAGGAGGACUGACGGAUGCGGCGAGAAGGAAGUUAGGUUGGGCGUCUUCUACUGCUACCGUUCUCGAGCGACUAGCCGGGAUUUCAAUCGUCGAAGACAUCCACAGAGCGGAGAAUACGUUCACGAUAUCGCCUAACCACCAUAGACCAUGGGUUGAUUGCUUUGUUUGA